GUCGUCCCCGUCGUCCGCGACAAGCCCGCCUGCAGAUAUCCCCGGCCCCGCGACGGUCGCAAUCCACCAUGGCCUCCUUUGCGGUGUCCUUCACCUCCAAGAAGGAGGACGAAAGCGGGCUGAGCUCGUACUACAAUAAUAAGACGACCAUCAUCCAGGAAGCACGCGUCUUCAACGAAUCUCCCAUCAGCCCUCGCAAAUGCAGAGCCCUCCUCACGCGCCUUGUCUAUCUGCUCUACGUUGGGGAAACGUUUGGUAAUGAGGAGGCUACGAACCUGUUCUUCGGGACGACGAAGCUGUUCCAGAACAAGGAUAGCGCGUUGAGACAGGCGGUCUACCUGGCAAUCAAGGAGCUUGCUCCCUACGCGAAUGAUGUUAUCAUGGUCACCAGCAGUAUCAUGAAGGACAUGUCCGCGCCAGCGGACGUCAUCUACCGGCCCAAUUCCAUCCGCGCGCUCUGCCACAUCAUCGACCCAUCCAUGGCACAAGGUGUUGAGCGUUUCUUCAAAGCGCACAUCGUCGAUCGCAACCCCGCCAUCUCGUCUGCCGCCCUCGUCUCCGCGUACCACCUCUACCCCCACGCCAAAGAUGCGGUCAAGCGCUGGGUAAAUGAAGCUCAAGAGGCUGUUAAUGCCAAGUCCUCAUCUAGCUUCUUUGGGUCUUCGUCUGGUGGCGGCUACCUCGGUUUUGGCGGCUCGUCAAGCGCGCAGCAAGGCCAGCAGCCGAUCCAAUCGACCAGCUACUCGCAGCAAUACCACGCGCUCGGUCUUCUGUACCUCAUCAGGCAACAAGAUAGGAUGGCAGUCACGAAGAUGAUCCAGCAGCUUGGUGGCGGCAAGUCUGGUGCUGGCACGACGCUCAAGAACCCGAUGGCUCUCUGUAUGCUGAUUCGCUACGCGGCGAAGGUCAUGGAGGAAGAUCCCAAUGUACAGCGCCAGAUGUUCGAUCUUCUGGAAGGCUGGCUUCGUCACAAGAGCGACAUGGUCAACUUCGAGGCUGCCAGGGCAAUCUGUGAGAUGAAGAAUGUCACCGCCGCACAACUCACGCGAUCCAUCUCCGUCCUCCAACUGUUCCUCUCCUCCCCCAAGCCUGUCCUGAAAUUCGCUGCUACUCGCACACUCGCUGCUUUGGCACUAACGCACCCAGCGAGCAUCGCGACUUGCAAUGUUGACCUCGAGGGCCUCAUCGCUGAUUCUAACCGCUCUGUCGCUACCUACGCCAUCACGACCCUGCUCAAGACCGGCAACGAAGCCUCUGUCGACCGCCUCAUCAAGCAGAUCACCAACUUCAUGACGGAGAUCAGCGACGAGUUCAAGGUCAUCAUCGUCGACGCCAUUCGCUCGCUCUGCCUCAAGUUCCCCGCCAAGCACGCGUCUAUGCUCUCCUUCCUCUCCGGCGUCCUCCGCGACGAGGGCGGCUACGACUUCAAGCGCGCGGUCGUCGAGGCGAUCUUCGACAUGAUCAAGUUCAUCGGCGACUGUAAGGAGCAAGCGCUGUCCCACCUCUGCGAAUUCAUUGAGGACUGCGAGUUCACGAAGCUGUCUGUCCGGAUAUUGCACCUGCUGGGCAUGGAGGGCCCGAAGUCACCGCAGCCGUCGAAGUACAUCCGCUUCAUCUACAACCGGGUGGUGCUAGAGAACGCGACGGUGCGGGCGGCGGCGGUGGCGAGCUUGGCGAAGUUUGGUGUCAACGCGCCGGAUACGAAGCUACAGAAGAGUAUCGCGGUUUUGCUGAACCGGUGUUUGGACGAUGUCGAUGAUGAAGUUCGGGACCGGGCCGCGUUGUACUUGAACACCUUCAAGGAGACCACGCUAGCGCAGGCCUACGUCAAAGAGGAAUCUGUGUUCUCUUUGGCUGCAUUGGAAACGAAGCUUGUUUCGUAUGUCAAGAACCCGAGCGCGGAGCCUUUGGACUUGUCGUCUGUCCCGAAGAUCAGUCGCAAGCAGGCCGCACAGGAAGCUGCUCGUCCGAGCACCCUCGAGACCAUUGGCGUUCCGACGACGCAAAAGACAUCUGCGACGCCGCCACCGCCUUCAGCAGCCGAGAAGCAGUCUGCAUACGCUCAGCAAUUGGCAGAGGUCCCGGAGAUCGCGUCGUUCGGUCAGGUCUUGGGCAGCAGCUCGACGCCAGCACAGCUUACCGAAAGCGAGACGGAGUACCAGGUGACUUGUGUCAAGCACAUCUUUGCGGAGAACAUCGUCUUCCAGUUCAACGUCUCGAACACCCUUCCGGAUACACUGCUCGAGAAUGUCUCCGUGGUCAUGCAGCCGCAAUCCGAAGACACUGGCCUCACCGAGAAGUUCUUCAUCCCCAUACCGACGUUGGACGCUGCAAAGUCACCCGGCGUCGUCUACGUCGCCUUCGCGCGCGACGACCCGGAGUCGUACGCCAUGGGCUCCUUUGCUUGCACGCUCAAGUUCGUCAGCAAGGAGGUCGAUCCGUCGACUGGGGAGCCGGAAGAGGAGGGCUACGAGGACGAGUAUCAGGUGGAGGAGAUUGAGCUGAGCGCGUCGGACUACAUCGUGCCCAGCUAUGCGACGUUUGGCUCGGAGUGGGAUAGGUUGAAGGGCGCGCCCAGCGUGACGGAGACGUUUGCGUUGUCGGCGAUGGAGAGCUUGAAAGCUGCCUGCGACUCCAUCAUCGAGAUCCUCGGCAUGGAACCCUUGGGUGGUACGGAAGUCCCGUCGUCACCGAGCGUACACACCUUGCAAUUGUCGGGCUUGCUCAUCGGCGGUGGUGGCAAGAUUCUUGUGCGCUGCCGGAUGACCUUCUCGCGCGGGUCGGGCGUCACGCUCGAGCUGGGCGUGCGCGCGGAAAAGCAGGAGGCGUGCGACCUUGUCCUCGCCGCUGUGGGUGCAUAGUGCGCCGUAUUACUUGUUGUGAUUCUGUAGAGCGCGUAUAUUAUGUUUGGGAUGGAUGCAAAUAUUUCUGCUA